AUGUGGUAUGAGUCAAAGUCUUUGGAAUCAAAAUCCUCUACUUCCAUCUGCCCUUACUUCCGUGUGCGCCUCUCACACAAGCAAGGCAGAAGUCACCGCCUUAUCCCCACUCGGACAAGGCACUCGAGCAGGGGUAAGACGGCAUCAUCCUCCUCCUCUGCUUCUUCAUCUGGAUCUUCCAAAUUUGAUGUGUUUCUUAACUUCAGGGGUGAAGAUACUCGCAAAAAUUUCACCGGAUUCCUUCACAAAGCCCUGAAAGAUAGUGGAAUCAAUGUCUUUAUAGAUAGAGAAAAAUUGUGGGUCGGAGAAGCCAUAGGCCCAGCACUCCUUGGGGCGAUACAGGGAUCCAAAAUCUCAAUCCCUGUCUUCUCCAAAGGUUACGCCUCUAGCAAAUGGUGCCUCAUGGAGCUCUCUCAGAUGCUUCAUAGCCAUACAUCCAAUGGUCAAAUGGUCCUCCCCAUAUUCUUUGACGUUGAGCCAUCCCAUGUAAGAAAUCAGACCGGAAGUUUUGAAGGACCAUUUCGAGAACAUGACAAGAAUUUUGACCCACAUAUCGUAAACAGUUGGAAGGAAGCUUUGAGAAUGGUAGGGGAGCUAAAGGGAUGGGUUCUCAAGGAAGAUGCAAAUGAGGACCAAGCAGAGCUAGUUGAAUUAGUUGUCAAAAGGGUUCUAGGUGAACUGAUCAAUAACACCCACUUGGCUGAAUGUAAAUACCUUAUUGGAAUAGAUUCCCAUGUAAAUAAUCUGUUAUCUUUAUUAAAUAUUGGUUUCAAUGAUGUUCAGUUCGUGGGAAUUUGUGGUCUCGGUGGCAUUGGGAAGACAACUAUUGCCAAGGCUCUCUACAAUCGUAUCUUUUCAUGUUUCAAUAAGCAUAGUUUUCUUUCAGAUGUUAGAGAACAGGCAACACAAUCCAUGGGUCUAGCAACUUUGCAAAAGCGUCUUCUUAAAGAUAUCUUCAAAGCAGACAUUGACAUAGCUGAUUGUCAUAGAGGAAAAAGAUUGAUAGAACAAAAACUUUGUACAGAAAAUGUUCUUCUUGUUCUUGAUGAUGUUGACAAUCAAGAACAGGUUGGUGCUUUGGCUAGUGAAUUGAAUUGGUUUGGUCAAGGAAGCAGGGUCAUAAUAACAACCAGAAAUGAACAUAUUCUGAGUGUGGCUAAAGUUGAUAAAAUAUAUUGGCCUCAAGUUCUGGAUCAUAGUCAAUCUCUUCAACUAUUUAGUUUGCAUGCCUUUUCAAGGGACCAACCUCCUAAAGAUUACAAGCUAAUUUCAGAUGAUGUGACAUGUUAUUCGGGAGGGUUGCCUUUAACUUUAAAGGUGUUGGGGUCUUACCUAUCGGGCAUAAGCAGCAAAGAAGUGUGGGAAAGUACAUUUCAAAAAUUAAAAGAAAUUCCACAUGGAGAAAUCCAGAGAAGGUUGAAGAUAAGUUAUGAUAAUCUAGAAGAUGGUCAUCAAAAAGCUAUCUUUCUUGAUGCUGCAUGUUUCUUCAUUGGAUGGGAAAAAGAAACUGUAUAUUCCAUAUGGGAUUCAUGUGGCUAUCAUCCUAAAUCAGCAAUAUACGGACUAACUAAAAGGUCCCUUGUACAAUUUGAAGAUAACUUGUUGAGGAUGCAUGACCAAAUUCGAGACAUGGGAAGGAACAUUGUCUUCGAAGAAAGCCUUAUGGAGCCGGGUAAACGUAGUAGAUUAUGGUCUCAUGGUGAAAUCUUGGAAGUAUUAAAAGAAUACAAGGGAACUGAUAUGAUAAAAGGCAUGAUGCUUCCCUGCUAUUUCUUUUCACAUAUUAAUUUAUAUAGUGAACACUUUGAGAUGAUGCACAAUCUAAGAUAUCUCAGACAUUGGUAA